AUGGUACAAGCUCUUAAGAAAAAAUCAUCCAUUAAUUCGACUAAACGACUUACACUUCAACCAUAUCAGAUAGAUGAAAAAUUUAAUGAAAUGAAUAUUGAUAAAUUUAUUUCAGAAAAUAGCUUAAAACUAUUCACCAGAUUUGGUAUCGAUACAAGUUUUUUACAAUACGAUCCUAAAUCGUGGGAUAACCAUAUCAGUUUUGUUAAUGGCAAAGAAUUAAUAAAAUCUCUAAAAGUAGUCAAUGAUACAGCUGAGAGGGGCGUUAAAUUAAUGGCAGACUUUAAUGAAGCGUUAACAGUCAACGAAGAGCAAAAACAAUAUGUACUACAAUGUGUUCAAGAACACAAAAAAAUGUAUCCAAAUUGUAAAAAGGAAACAUUAAAAAAAUUAUAUUAA